AUGGUCAAGGGAGAGGCUUCGCAAGUCAAGGUCCACUACAAGGGCAAGGAGGACGACUUCCUCAUCUUCAUUGACGAUGUCUCCGACUACAAGAAGUGGCAGGGCGACAAGUCCGUCCCCAUGUCUCACUUCAUCUCUGCUUUCAAGAUCUUCGUCACACACAAGCAAGGCACGCAAGGUCAAUAUGACGGUGCUUCCAAGGCUACCCUGGAGAACGAGUUUGGCACCUCUGUCGAUGAGGACGUGAUCAAGCAGAUCUUGGAGAAGGGCUCUCUGCAGGAGACAGAGUUCCCCGGACGCCAGGGCAACAAGAACGAGGCCCAGCAGGGCAACAUCGUCAGCGGCCAGAACUCGCGAUAA